GAAGUCGGGAGUGGGCAGGGAUCCGUGAGGCUGUGCUGGUCAGCGGGGGUGAGGGAAAAUAGAGAAGCGUCACCUUCCUUGCUUCUCGGGGAAGUUAAGCUCUGAAAUUGUGAAGGGGAAAAAAAAAAAGAAAAAGAAAUCUUGGAAUCGUAGGAUAUGCUGAGUUGGAAGGGACCCAUCAGGACCAUGGAGUCCAAUUCCCGACCCCGCACAGGAUGCCCAAAGAAUCACACCCUGUGCCCAAGAGUGUUGUCCAAAUGCUCCCUGAGCUCUGUCAGCCUUGGGGCCGUGACCAUAUCCCUGAGGAGCCUUUCCAGUGCCCCACCACCCUCUGGGGGAAGAACCUUUUCCUGACAUCCAACCCAAACCUCCCCUAACUCUGCUUUAUGCCGUGUUCUUGAGGCCUGUCAGUGGCCACAAGAGUGAACAGAUGAAGAGAGGGUUGCCUGCUCCUCUGUCUCCACUCGCAAGGACGUUGCAGACCGCAGGGAGGGCUCCCUCGGUCUCCUCCAGGCUGAACAAACCAAGCGGCCUCAGCCACUCCUUGGGCAUUGCUGCUUACGAUCUUGAUUUAAAGUAUUUCAGCACUAAUGGAUGUCCUGUAAGGGUGAUUAGUCUCACAGAGAGAUUUCUAAUCCCAGUUUGUGGCCAUGUAUGCGUUUUUAUCUCCACUUUAGUAUGGCUUUUGGCAAUCCCCUGUAACCUCGCUGUGCAGGAAGCGAUGAGGAAUGGUUUAGAUACACACAGAGAUGGACUGAAAACUGGCCGAGCUGCCAGGCUCAGGGGCUUGCUCUCAUUGUGAGCAGUGGCAGAGCUGCACUGGUGUCCAGUGACAUGCCCCAAGCUGUGAUACUGCACCCAGUAUUCUUUAAUGCCUUCAUUAUUGGUAUUGCUUAAUGUCUUGCACCACCCUCCUGCAUGGAAUACUGAUAAUGAGCUUGCUGGGGUGGCUGUGGGAAAAGUGCCCCCACCACGGCCCACAGAGGUUCUUAGUGCAACACCAGUUAAAUAAGUAACUUUUACUGUGCAGCAUGGAGAGGAUGUAAAGAAAUACGCAUGAAAAUACGAAUGUCUGGUCAAAACCCUGCCUAGGAAUAAGUGGUGUGGCUCUCAAAGAGUAAGAAAUUGUUGUGUUCAAGUUGCAUCAUAUUCUGGGCAGUAUCAAGUCAGCAUUCCUAGGUGUUUAAUAAAUGUCAGGAGGCUGUGAUUCAAAAUAAUGGCUGUAAGCCAAUACAAGGCUGGAACUGGCAUGUAAAAUUUGUGUGUAGCUGUACAUGGACACCAGAAGUAGCUGCUGUAGUGCCAAUCUGAGACCUCUAAAGCUCUGCACCCAGUCACUGCCACAGAGAAGCUUUAAAAUUAGCAUGAAGACCAGCGCCGGAUGGUGUGCCCACCUCUGCUGUGCUGGACUGAAAAUGGCUACUGUUUUCUGCCAGAGUCUACAGUGUUGAUCCAAAAGAUAAAAAGUUGCCCUCUGGAAAAAAACAGAACCAUAAUGCACAGCCUGUGGGCUCCUUGUGACCUGCACAACACUGGAAUGCAGGAAUUGGAACACAAGCUCUGUCUUCCUGCUGGAUCUCAGCUCUUCUCCAGUCCUUCAAGGAAGAAGGCCACUUGCAUCAGGAAGGGGUGUGCUCGAUUAGUCUCUCUCUGGACUGAAGGCCCAGCCAUGGGCCAAGGCAGUGUUUACACAAAACACAGGAGGCAUGUUGGACCAGGAAAUACAAGGCAAGCAGCAUGCAGAGCUGGUAUUUUAGCCUUUCAGCAGGGAUGCCCUCUGUGGCUUGCUCUCUCUUCACUGCAGUACGUGAUCCCCCAUCGGCACUGUUGGCGUUGUGGGGGUCACAGGCUGUGGCCGGGAUCUCUGACUCAACAGGGCUGGAGGCUCCCUAGAGGCAGCACGAGUGUGAUGAAAACCUUUAGCGGUGCUGUUGUACGGCGAAACAGCAGCAGAACUCAGGCCAAGGCAUCGCUCUGUGCUCGGCUGCUGUCCUCGCUGGCUCCCGAGAGCGCCUUUCCCCAGGAGAGGGCAGUGGAGCCCGCACACGCUCCCGCUCCCCUCCCCACAGCCGCGGGAGCAGCCGUUCCCUCGGGUGUUCCCUGGCAAACUCAUGGAAGUAGGACCACGGAUUUUAUAUAUACGCUAGAAACCGUGUACAGGAACAUCUAGGAAAUUUUCUACGUGUUUAUUAACGAGAAUAAGUUUUGAGCAAACAAGUUCGUUGUUGGUUUUAUUUGACUGGAAGUUUUCUCUGUCACACAUAGUUGUUCACAGCCACACAAACUUAAACUAGUAGUUUAUUGAUUCCACAUGAGUUUAUUUAAUUCCUAUAGCCCGAAUUAGAAAAAGUUAUUGACAUUUAAAUAACCCUUCAGAAUGCUGCUACUGCUAUCCUAAGCCAAGGACUCACAAUAAAGUUAUUUACUUAUUUCAA